UGAAAAGCUUUCGGUUACUUCCUCUGCAAAUUCAGAAAAAGAAAAAGAAAAAGAAAAGAGAGAUUCCCAGGAAGGAGACAAUUGAAGUCAAAUCUGUAGAUAGAUAGAUUUCAAUUUCCCACCGAACCAUCAAAUCUCAUAUCUUUCUUUCAACUUUCAAUUCUAUUUUAUUCUCUUUUCAAUCCCUUUCCUUUUUUUCUUUCUAUAUUGCAAUUGGAAUUCUGGUUUCAUUUUCACAAAAAAUUCUAAAUGGGGAAUGCUCUAAGGUUUCUGUAUAGAAAUUGUUGUGAACCAACCACUCAGGAGUCAAAUCAAUAUCAGUAUGGUGUUCCUCCUCCCUCAGCUAAUCAGUAUCAAUAUGGUGUUCCUCCUCCCAAAGCUGCUGCUACUGCUGGUGGUGUUUCAGCUUUAGCUCAUGAUCUAAAUCACUUUCAGAACACUUCUCAGGUACCUGAGGGGCUCAGUCAGCUGGUUGUAUCUUCAAAGAAAGCUCAAGCUAAUUGGUACACCAAACUGUUGCAGUCAUGGAAAGAAGCGAAAACGGCACCUAAAACACCUGAACAAGCAUCUAGGCUUGUCAUUCAGACCUUAAAGCAUCACCAAAAGGCUGAUGUAGAGGGGUUAUUGAAGUAUUACGGUCUUCCGCUACCACAUAAUCUGGUUGAGGUUCCUGCUGUAGUAACUAAUCCUACUUCACGACCUCAAGGGGUGAAGUUCGAGUUACAUACACUUCCGGUGGAUGCAAAAGCUAUUCCUGAUGGAGAUACCUUAACUGUCUACGUUAACGCUGCGGAUCCUAGAGAAGCUCCCAAUGUGCCCAAGGCUGUACAUGCUGCAGCAUCACAACGAGCAAAAGCACGCGCAGUCAGGGAUUAUCCAAAGGCAGAUGCACUUCAUAAGACCAUCAUUGAUGCUGGUUACAGAGUGCUAAGUGGUACCAACAAUGAGGAUAUUCUUGCAAAGAAGUAUCGUGUUCGAUUCAGGGGAAUUGAUUGCCCAGAAAGUAAAAUGCCCUUUGGACAAGAAGCAAAGCAGGAACUUACGAAGCUGGUUGAAGGAAAAUGUUUGUUAAUUCACGCUUACGAGGAGGAUCGCUAUGGGCGAAUAGUAGGAGAUAUCUACUGCAACGGGAAGUUUGUGCAGGAAGUAAUGCUCAAGAAAGGGUGUGCUUGGCAUUAUGCAGCUUAUGAUAAACGUCCUGAGCUCGCAAAGUGGGAGAAAGAAGCUAGAACUGCUCGUGUUGGAUUGUGGGCUGCAACAAACCCACAAGAGCCAUGGGAAUGGAGAAAAAACAAACGUGCCGGAAAUUAAGUUGUAAGUACCACCUGAAAUGGGACUAUGGAUGACUUCCAUUUCCCUUGCUGAACCAAAUAGGUUGGUCUUACUAAGCCAGAAACCGCAGGAGAUGGAGCCGAUAGAGUGUUUCAUUUUCGCAGAAAGACAUGGGGGAUGACAUCAUAAUGCAUCAUAGAGAUUUCACAUAAGCAGCAUAUUAGCAGGCUAUAUGACCUUCUGACUGAUUACACAAACAGGACUCAGGAUUAAGGGUAUAAUUACAGCAUUUAGAACUGAGCUUUAUAUAAUUGUAUGGUAAAUGUAUUGUCUUAGCGGGUGUAUUUAUGACCAAAUUAUAAUAUUGUUGUAGAAGAAACCAGUAAGUAUUGUUCAUUGCUGUAUUCAAACCAAUGAAUGAGAAAAGAAAAUGCAUUCAUUUGUUGACA